ACCAGUGGCAGUGAUCUCAAUGCGUUUCAGCCUGCAGUACUGAUUUUUCAUUAAAGUUCCUUUUUCCCAAAGCUGAGGGAACUCAAAGACAGAGGGAAUUUAGACAAGGAAACCAUAGAGUAAGUUAGGAGAGGUUUUGAAUGAGUUCAGCUAAUGGCCAAGCCUGCUACCCUGCAUGCUUGCAGAAAAGGAUGGCUGUGGUUAGGGAAGUGACUGGAGCACUGAAAGCUGCAGCUAAAGCAUCGUGGACAAAGUGAAAUUUGGGAGCUUGUCAGGAUCUGAUGGGAGUUAGAAGCUGUUAAGUAGAGAAAUCAGACAAAAGCAGACAAAGACAUCUGGCCCUCUACAUGGAGAAGAGAGGUCCAUGUCUACCUGAGAGAAAGGCAAUCAGAGAACUUUAUUUUUUAAUGUAAUUUAAUUGAUUGGUAGCUGAGAAGGAUGUCAAACAGCUUCUGCUAAGAACAGAAAACAAAUACAGCAGAAAGUCUGGGUAAUUUGCACAAGGGAAAAGCAUCUCUGAGUUGACCAAGGAGGACUUUGGUCUGUUCUGCCAAACUUUUAUGAGUCCUGGCAUGCUGCAGUGAUUGCAGAUGCUUCCUCAGGCCAUUACUUUAGCAAGAAAGUACGAUGAUGUGAUUAGCUGCAGAUUGCUUAGCCUGACGUCAAUGCCCAGCAGAAUACUCAAGAAGUUAACAGGAGAUUUGGUCAAUAAAGAAUUAAAGGAUUGGAAUCAAAUUAAAUUAUGGCAAUCAACAUGGCUUUGCAGGAAACGGCUCUUGUCAAACAAACCUGAUUUCAUUUUCUGAUGAGAUAGCAAGUUUAGUUAAUCAACGUGUGCAUGCGUGUGUGUUUGAGUACUGUACAUAGAGUUAUCUAAAAGAAAUGUGCCUCCACCACGCUGCUUUCGGAUGAGGAGCUGACACAAUGCAACAUCUGUGAAGCAUCAGCAAAGUGGAUGAAGAACUGGAUGAUUAAGAGACCUCAAAAUGAAGCUGUCAGAACCAUCAUCACAAAAAGUUUGUGUUUUUGCAGGGGUGCCACAGUGGCUGGCUCUAGACUAGAAGUUAUUCUGUAUGACUUUCAUCAGUUGUCCCAAAAUCAGCACGAAUUGUCUCAAAUAAUGCCAGGGAAAGGCAAGUCCUGCAGAGCAGUCUAGAGAGCUUGGCAGACUUGGUCAUUCAAAGGAACUGCCUGCAAUAAGCUAAGGAGAGUCAGGCAGGUUUUCAGAGUGGAGCACUGUAUCCUGGAGAACAGAGGCUCUGGAAAGUAGCUGACAGCACAGUGAGAGGGUAACACUGGGACCCAGAGGGCUAGUGCAAUUUUGGAUGCAUAAUUAAAAGGGAAAUGGAAGAGGUUAUAUUUUUUCAAAAAAAGUGUUGAAAUCUUGGAGAUGUGCAAAAAACCCCCUCUCAAUAAGACAGCUAGUGGAACAGGUGAGUGGAGAGGAGAAACUUGCAGUGCUCCAGGUCUUUAAUUUAUUAAGAAUAACUCCUUGGUCAUGGGAAGUACAUACCUUCAUGCAGUGAAGGUGCUCUGCCAUAAAGGGCUCUCUGGCCAAGCAUAGGAAGGUAGAGGAGGAUGCUGUGGCUGGGAGGAGUAGACAGGCAAUGUCAAAUGGGAAGAAAAGCACGUGGUUAUAACCGUGAGGAUGAUUAGCACUUGAGGCAAAAAUCAAGGGAUGGAGGUUCUCCAUCUCUGGAUGCCCACGAGCCUGCAAUAGUGCAAUUUCUUCCAGGAAAGCAUACUUUAACAAAUCCCGUGUUAUUGGGCUCCAGAGAGGAAAAAACGGGUGUGCCUCCACUGUUUUUGACAGGACAGCAUUCUGCAUUAGUUUGGCCUUCAGUCUCGUGGAUGGAUGAGUGUGGAGGAGAGGUAGUACCAAUUUAAUUCUACCCUCCUUGACUGUGGCUAGCAGCUAGAGGCUGUCAAUGAUGCUUAUGUCCCCUUAGUGUCGGGUGACAGCUUGGAGCAUUAUUUUUCUGGCUGCAGUUUCUCUCAGCCCAGUUUCACCAUGGACACAUUGUCUAGCUGCAGCUUCUGCAUGACCCAAAGUAGCAACAGGAUGGAACUUGUGUGAUCUGGACCCAUGUGCCCAGUCCUCUCUCUGAGCAGGGCAUAGGGAGGGAGGACUUGCUUCCAAGUCCUUAAGUCCUGCCAUUGCACUGUUCAUGAAGGCUGGGCAAGGGCCAAAGAGCCUGGGGUCAUUUUGCCUCACUUCUGUUCACUGAUAGUGGCGAUAGUGGCUGGAAGCCAUGACAGGGCAAGACACCGUGGUGCCAGCCUUUAGACAGAUGCAUGUAAGGCAAAAGCUAGAGGUAAAUCAGAGGGGCUGGAAGGAGAAGCAGAAGGAUAGGUGGCCCCAUGCAAGCAAUAGGACAGCCAGGACUCUCCAGUGAUGUGUCCUCUGGAAAGCACUGACCACAACUUCCGUUUAAAAGCCUGACUGUAGAUAAUGGGUUCUGAAAGUUUUUCCCCAAAUAAAUACAACAAAAUUGUGUGAUGCUUGAGAACUGCAGUGUGCACAGUUUUAUGAUCAAACUGAUGGCAGCAAAAUCCCAACCUUUCUAUCACUGUUACAGGGAACUAAAGAUGAGAACAAGAAUGUGGCUUGGCCCACCUGCGCCAUGUCAACCAACAACCGAUCCAACACCAACUCUUUGCCUUUUCUCCUGACGGGCAUCCCUGGCCUGGAAGCUCUCCACAUGUGGAUUUCCAUCCCAUUCUGCUUUAUGUACAUCAUGACCUUGCUGGGAAAUAGCAUGGUCCUUCUUGCUGUGAGGCUGGACAAAAGCCUCCAUGAGCCUAUGUACUAUUUCAUUUCCAUGUUGGCUGUCAUCGACCUCAUCUUCUCAACUGCUGUAGUUCCCAAAAUGCUGGGUGUAUUCUGGUUGGAUUCAAGAAAGAUUGGUUUUGAGGCCUGCUUCAUCCAGAUGUUCUUCAUCCACACUUUCACUGCAGUGGAGUCAGGGGUGCUCCUGGCAAUGUCCUUUGACCGGUAUAUAGCCAUCUGCAACCCUCUGAGAUACACCACCACCCUAACGAGCUCAAGGACCAUCCAGAUAGGACUGCUGUCUCUGGCCAGGGGCGCCGGUGUCAUGACACCUUUGAUGUGCCUCCUCACCAGCUUACCCUACUGCAAAACCAGAGUCAUCCCUCAUUCCUACUGUGAGCACAUGGCCGUGGUGGAGCUGGCCUGUGCUGACCCAUCUGUCAGCAAUCUCUACAGCCUCAUCAUGGCAACACUAUUGGUGGGGACAGACUCUGUCUUCAUCACCUUCUCCUAUGGUAUGAUUCUCAGGUCUGUGAUGAGGCUGCCAUCCCAAGAGGCUCGUCUCAAGGCCCUCAGGACCUGCGGGUCCCAUGUUUCCAUCAUCCUGCUGUUUUACGUAGGUGGCCUUCUCUCCAUGUACCUGCAGAUGUUCUCUUUCGGCUUGGCACCUCAUGUCCAAGUCCUGGUGGCUGAUUUCUAUUUGACAGUCCCUCCAAUGCUCAACCCCCUCAUUUAUGGCAUAAAGAUGAAGCAGAUCCAGGAAGGGAUCUUCAAACUGCUGGGGAAGUUGGCAGGACUCAGUAUCUCACAAGCUGAUAAAGACCAGUCAGAUGUUGAGAGAGGUAGGCACCGCCAGAAAAUAAUUUAUCCCAUCCUAGAAUAGGUGUGAAGUUCAGUGUAAUGAAUUAUCCCCCAGAAAUGUCCGUCUCUCUCCAGUGACUAGAAAAGGAACCUAGACCAGAUGCCUAAUGCUGACAAGGCAAUAGGUUAUUCACAUGAAACCAAUGGGCCAGUCCUGGGCAACUGUCCCUUUGGCCAAUGCACUCCUGUUUUCCGAGAUAUCAUUGGGAAAUGUUAUAUCGUGGUAGCUCUCUGAUAUCACUAGCAGCAUUUUAGCCCCUGUGGCACAUGGCUGAGGUUCCCCACAGACCAAAGCGCAUCAGCCAGAGAGGACAGUUCACCCCACCAAGUACCAGUGAGGUGAUACCAUGGUGCUCAGUGCCUUAGGUCCCAUGUGGAGGGGAGGAGAGGAUGCCCUGACCCCUUCCUUGCUCACAAGGGAUCGUAACGACUCCUGCACCCAUCCAUGCAAGAGGCAUCUACUGUCCACUUCUAAUCAGUAGUCAGACCAGUGUAUCUGAGAAAUGUCGUGGCUACCAGGAUCUCCAGGGACAGGAGUCUGCUUUAAUCAAAGGCUACAGUUAGACAUUCACUGUGGCAGUCUCAGCCAUCAUCUCCCACACCUCUUUGUGCAUCUCCACCGUAAACCCUGACCAGGACCACAUGCAUGUUGAUGCAAAGGCAACAUCAUAAGGUGAAGUGUCACAAGUCCUCCAACAGGUGUUUGCAAAUCCAGCAAAGCAAAUGCAAGGAACCACGAGCCAACCCAAGUGCCAGCGCUGCAGGAAUCAGCUGGAAAGGAGGAACCCAGGAUGGCAAUGGUGCUUUGCGUAGAAGCAAUUGCUGCUGCAUACACUGAGCUCAGAAAAACACUCAGACAUCUAAAGCGAAAGCUGUUUCCUAUUCCUGACGUAACCUAUGGUUACAGGUGCCAGGAAUGAUCACAGAUCACUCUAGGAAAAAGUUACUUCAUAAUUCCGCAAAGAGUGAAUGCAGAUUUAUCACCUGCUUUGGAGACAGGGUGGUCUACUCAAGAAGUAAGGAAAAGAAAAUGUUUCCUGUAAAAUGUGAUGCAUCCACCCAUCUUUGCUUCCUUCCUUCCUCCCUUUAUAGAUCAUCCAAAUCUCUCUCAAAACUGACAUAAAUCAUGAAAGUCCCACUGAUAUGCAUCAGCUGGAAAACUUCAAAGAAUCAUAUAAUAUCUCAAGUCGGAAGGGACCCAUAAGGAAUCGAGUCCAACUCCCUGCUCCUCACAGGCCUACCUAAAACUAAACCAUAUGACUAAGAGCAUCAUCCAGGUGCUCCUUGAAUUCUGACAGGCUAUUGUGUAUUGUAUAUUAAUCUUGGCUAUCAAUGUUUAGGUUAGACGUAUUUAAAAAAGUCUGCCAGAAAGGUGUUCAGCACUUGAACAGGUUGCGUGGAAAGGAGGCAACCCACCACUGGAGAACCUUAGACAAGCAUCUUGCUGAUCCUGCUGCAGGGCAGGAGAAAGGGCCAGGCGACCCGGCAUUGGACCCAGGCCCUCUGGCACUGGGCAUUGACGGGGAAUAGAUAAGUCCACAGGGAGUUAACGUUUAGUGUGAGACUGAAACUGGGAGCAUUUUGCUGCGCAGAAAAGGACAGAGCGCAGGGUGCUCCCAGCUUGUAUGAAAGAGCUUCCAUAUAUGUUCUUACAAACUCUGGUUAUGUUUCUAAUUGCUUCCCCAGUCAGCAAGGCAAACGGCGGGUUAUCACCGCUCAGGACCAGCACCGCUACCACCGAUGGUGUUGUACAAUGUGCUCCCUGCCAUCAAUGCCUUAAGAGAUGCUUCUGCCUUCAUUGAACGCUGCCAGAGAUCAAUGCAUGACUCUGGACACUGAGACCCUGAGAGAGCAAAGGACUAAAAAUUAAAUGUGAUCUUUUCUGUCUCUGCUUCCUGCUCUCUGCAUCAAGACCAUCUACAGGAUGGUUUUUCCACAAAUAAAAAAAAGUUUAAAUCUCAAAACUUCAGUUCCAACAGAAACCACAGGUGAGCUCUCAGCCUGCCACCUCCCACCCUUGCACUGGCAGAAAUGCUCAAGCAAUGUGAGUGAUGGCAAACUUCACCCUUGUGCCCAGCCAUGCACCAUUGCCGGUGCUCAUCUGAGCCACCAAAGUGUCUAAAAGGAAAAAAAAUCUGAAGAUACUAUGGACUUGGUCCAGAGCCACUGGCCCAGGGCACCACUGGAAAGAGCCUGUCUCCAUCCUCUUUGCACCCUCUCUUUGGUU